GGUAGCUGUAUGUAGUUGUCGGUCGGUGUCGAUACGGUGCGGUCGUGGUUCGUACAUUACUCUGUAGUUUUAGUGAAAUUAAUAGUGAAUGAAGUGAACAGCAACGGGACUAACGGCUAGCGGGAACUGAGAUCGUUUGGCGAUGUUUGAUAAUUGAUCGCGUUCUGAAGCACCGACUACAAUCAGUAAGAAUGCCGCGAUUAGAGAAGUCGCCCCCGGAAGAUUUCCGGCGCGUGUUGCGCGAGAAGGCACUGAGCCACAGUCUGUUCUACUUGAAGCUCGGCGCGGGAGUCGCGCCCGAGCACGCGCGGGAGGCGAAGCCGCGCAGAACCGACGCCAGUGCGGCCGUGCGCGCGCCGCCGACCGCGCGCCUCAACCGGCACGCGCAGCCGCGAGUCUCCGAGUUAUUGCGCCGCUUCGAGCCCGCACAGAUGCAGUACCUGCGGCCGCCGCGCGCGCAGUCCCCACCCGAAGACAUCACGUCCUCCGAUGACGACGACCGCGCGGCCGUGCGUCGCCGCAGCCGCGACCUGAGCGACGACUCUGCCGUGGAGCUAGAGCCGCGUCGCCGGCACUCGCACCCCCGCGACAUCACGCCGCCGCCAGACGCCAUGUCGCCGCGCCGGGAGAGAACACUCAUCGAGGCGCACGUGGUGGAGCUGGGCCGGCGGGGCAGCGAGGGGUGCGAGACGCGGGGCCGCUGCGUGCGCACGCCCAGCGUGGUGGUCAGCGACUACUCGGACGGGGUGGCGGUGGGCGCCACCGAGGAGGAGGUGGACUGGUUGCGCGCGCGCUCGCUGUCCGCGGACUCCGCUUGCUCCUCGUGCUCCACGCUCUCCAGCCGGGACGAUGACGAGUUCGAGUCCCCGACGCUGCCCAAAAAGCAAUCAGAAAGAUGGCGUAAACUCCGCAACAUUGUGCAGUGGACGCCGUUCUUCCAGACCUAUAAGAAGCAGAGGUAUCCCUGGGUUCAGCUUGCUGGGCAUCAGGGCAACUUCAAGGCAGGACCUGACCAGGGUACCAUACUCAAGAAGCUAUGUCCUCAGGAGGAAAGAUGCUUUCAGCUGCUGAUGAAAGAUGUUCUGCGGCCGUUCGUCCCCGAAUAUAAGGGACAAGUGCAGUCAGACGACGGAGAACUAUACCUUCAACUACAAGACUUGCUGAGCGACUUCGACUGUCCGUGUGUGAUGGACUGCAAGAUCGGAGUCAGGACCUACCUCGAGGAGGAGCUGGCUAAAGCCAAGGAGAAGACCAAGUUGAGAAAGGAUAUGUACGAGAAAAUGAUCCAGAUUGACCCAAAGGCGCCAACGGAUGAGGAGCACAGAAGUAAAGGAGUCACUAAACCCAGAUACAUGAUCUGGAGAGAAACCAUCAGUUCCACGGCCACUCUUGGCUUCAGAAUAGAUGGCGUGAAGAAGGCUGAUGGCACCAGCUCUAAAGACUUCAAAACGACGAAAACCAGGGAGCAAAUUGUGGAAGCUUUUAAAGAGUUCACCAAUAACUUCCCUAAUGCCGUGCCAUGCUACCUUGAGAGAUUGAAGAACAUCAGAGCAACACUUAAAGAGUCCCACUUUUUUAGAACACACGAGCUCAUUGGCAGCUCUCUACUCUUCGUCCACGAUAAAAGAAGAGCCUCCGUUUGGAUGAUUGACUUCGCAAAGACUGUCCCUGUACCAGAUGAGGUCAAUAUUGACCACGAUUCAGCAUGGAAAGUCGGCAACCACGAAGAUGGAUACCUCAUCGGCCUAAACAACCUCAUAUCCAUCUUCGAAUCUCUACUUAAAGAUGACAACGGGAAUAUCGAUCAGUGUUAUUCAAAAACUCUAGAUACAAGUAAAAGUGUCAUACAAGAUAGCUUCGAGACUUGAACAUUUUGACAAUUAAUCUCACUUUGAGAUCUUGACAUGUGCCGAAGCACUAGUGACAGCAAGUACUGUAAAGACGACGAGAGUUCAGAAGACGUACAUAAUGUAACUCAAGUGUUUUGUAAAUAAUCAUAGUAUUAUUUAGCUAUUGUAAUACUAAGUUGUUUGAAAUACUCAGCGUAGGAUAGGUCCACCAAUUUUGUGUUAACUCAUUUCUAUUUUGUUGUGAUUAUGGAAGAUUUGCAAUGGUUUAAUUUGAACUUUUAUGGUGUAUUAAUUACUUACGUCACUUAUAUUUGCACAAUUUUAAUUAUCCACUUCAUUAGAAAAUGGAAAUGGAUUACAUUUGUGUUUCCUGUAUAGGUAUCUAUGUAAGUACCUAUUUUGUUAUUGUAAAAAUGUAAUAUGGUUUAAUUUUCGCUUCUUUAAGCGGUUGAUAAACUAGGUUUUAAUGAAGCACGUAAUAUUUAUUUCGAUGUUAGUGCAUACACUAUAUUAGUGUAAUUUUUAGUUAUUUUUAUUAUUAUUAAGAGUACAUAAGGCUAUAGUAUAUCUGAUGAUACAAUUAAAACAUAUCACAUUA